GUCCCUCCGGUCGGUCGGUGCGGAUGUCCGUAAUGUUGCUGUGUUCGGACAGAGUCUGAGAGCGGGACUUAGAGUCACUACUGCCCCAAAAUAAGUUUUAAAAACAAACAUUUACCGACCGCACCGUGUCACACAGAGGCUGCGGCUCAGACGGCAGCACCACACUCUCCGGUACACCGACACAAACACUUAGAACCCCUCUUAACCGGGACUCCAGCCCUUCUUAGCUCCGCGGGGCCCGGCGAGGCGCGGCGGGAGCAGAUGGAGCCUGCACCGGCGAAGGCGAAGCCGCAGGGCCGGCUACUGGUGUCCACCCCGCUGGACGCCAAAGACGAGCUGGAGGAGAGACUGGAGCGUUGUGUUGGGAUCAUCCAGUCGUUGACCAAUGGGCUGUCAGAGAGAGAGGCCAACGACGCACUCACCGCUAACGUGUGUAAAGGUCAGCAGCAACAUGAGGAGGUGUGUCUGGGUCUGUUCACUCUGGUCCUCAUAGAACCAACCCAGGCCCAGAGGUGUUACAGAGACCUGACGCUGGUCAACAGAGAUGGGAUGAACGUGGUCCUGGUGAAGAUCAACCAGAUCCUGAUGGAGAAGUUCCUCAAACUGCAGGAUGUUCCAAGAACUCAGCUGGUGUGGCUGGUCAGAGAGCUGGUGAAGAGUGGGGUGAUCGGAGCAGACGGAGUCGUCAUGACGCUGCUGAAACAGAUCGCAGGUGGCGAUAUCUCCACUAAGAACCUGUGGUUGGCUGAGAGCAUCCUGGACAUCCUGCUGGAGCAAAAGGAGUGGGUAUUGAAGAGCGGGAUGCUGAUAGCAAUGUCGGUCUACACCUACCUCCGCCUGAUCGUUGACCACGGAGCCCCGAACCUGCUGCCUCUCCGCCAGAAGGAGGUGGACUUCUGCAUCAGCAUGCUCAGGGAGAAGUUCAUGGAGUGUCUGAUCAUCGGCAGAGAUCUGGUUCGUCUGCUGCAGAACGUCGCUCGGAUCCCAGAGAUGGAGCAGCUGUGGAGAGAUCUGCUGCACAAUCCACAAGUCCUCAGUCCUCAGUUCACCGGUGUCCUCCAGCUGCUGACGGCUCGGACCUCCAGAAAGUUUCUGGCCUGUCGACUCACACCGGAUAUGGAGACCAAGCUGCUGUUCAUGACCUCCAGGGUGCGUUUUGGGCAACAGAAGCGGUAUCAGGACUGGUUCCAGAGACAGUACCUGUCCACGGCCGAGAGCCAAUCGUUGCGCUGCGAUCUGAUUCGCUACAUCUGUGGAGUGGUCCAUCCGUCCAAUGAGGUGUUGAGCUCUGACAUCCUGCCUCGCUGGGCCAUCAUCGGCUGGCUGCUCACCACCUGCACGUCGAACGUGGCUGCAUCCAACGCCAAGCUGGCUCUCUUCUAUGAUUGGCUGUUCUUCAAUCCAGAGAAAGACAGCAUCAUGAACAUAGAACCAGCCAUCCUGGUGAUGCAUCACUCCAUGAAGCCCCAUCCUGCCAUCACCGCCACACUGCUGGACUUCAUGUGCAGGAUCAUCCCUCACUUCUUUCCUCCGUUGGAGUCUCAGGUCCGUCAGGGCGUCUUCAACUCGCUCACCUUCAUCAUGGAAAAGAGAGUGCUGGCUCACCUCGCUCCGCUGUUUGAUAAUCCAAAAUUGGACCGAGAGCUUCGAUCAAUGCUCAGAGAGAGAUUCCCCGAGUUCUGCAGCUCGCCCUCCCCCCCAACUGAGGUGAAAAUGGAGGAGGCCGUUUCCUUGGAGAUGGACAACCACGUGUUAGACAAGGAGGAGGGUUGCUAUGACAACACAGAGGCUGCCUUCAGCGAUGACGAGGAGGAAGUCAACAACAAAGGAAAGAAACGGGAGUUCAGGUUCCAUCCAAUCAAAGAGGCUGUGAUGGAGGAGCCUGCUGACAUCACACCCUGGCUGGACCAAUUAGACGACACCAUGAAAGAGAAAGUACUGCAGCUGCAGAAAAGCAGUGACACAGAGACUCAGUGUGAGGUGAUGCAGGAGAUCGUGGAUCUGAUCCUGGAGGAGGACUUCGACACGGAGCAAAUGUCUGCUCUGGCUUCCUGCCUGGCUGAACUGUUUAAAGAUCAUUUCAGAGGAGACGUCCUGCCAGAGGAGAUCACUGAAGAGUCUCUGGAGGAGUCGGUUUGUAAACCCGUCUGUCUGAUCUUCAGGAACCUGGUCACCAUGCAGGAGGAUAACAGUGGGUUCUCGGUUCUGCUCGAUAUGUUGGCUGAACUUUACCAGAAACAACCCAAGAUCGGAUACCACCUGCUCUACUACCUCAAAGCCAGUAAAUUGGCAAACGGGAAGAUGAUGCUAUACGAGUCUUUUGCUCAGGCGACGGCUCUCGGUGACCUGCACACCUGUCUGAUGAUGGACAUGAAGGCGUGUCAGGAGGACGAUGUCCGGCUGCUCUGCUACCUCACUCCAUCCAUAUACUCUGAGUUUCCAGAUGAAACGUUGAGAAGCGGUGAGCUGCUGAACAUGAUCGUCGCGGUCAUCGACUCAACACAGUUACAGGAGCUGAUGUGUCAUGUGAUGAUGGGAAACCUGGUGAUGUUCAGGAAAGACUCAGUGCUCAAUAUCCUCAUUCAGUCUCUGGACUGGGAGACCUUUGAGCAGUACAGCACCUGGCAGCUGUUUCUAGCUCACAGUAUCCCUCUGGAAACCAUCAUCCCCAUCCUUCAACACCUCAAAUACAAAGAACAUCCAGAGGCCUUAUCCUGUCUGCUGCUGCAACUCCGCAGAGAAAAGCCGAGUGAGGAGAUGGUGAAGAUGGUCCUGAGUCGUCCCUGUCACCCUGAGGACCAGUUCACCACCAGCAUCCUGAGACACUGGGCGUCCAAAUACGACGACACACUGGGAGAACACAUCAAGGCCCAGCUGAUCAAGAACAACAACCAGCCCCGCAAGAGACAGAGUCUUCGUAGUUCCAGCAGUAAACUGGCUCAGCUGACCCUGGAGCAGAUCUUGGAGCACAUGGACAACCUGAGACUGAGUCUAAUCAACACAAAGAACAACUUCUUCACUCAGACUCCGAUCCUUCAGGCUCUGCAGCACGUUCAGGCCAGCUGUGACGAAGCACACAAGAUGAGGUUCAGCGACCUGUUUGCCCUGGCGGAGGAGUAUGAGGACUCUCAGUCGAAGCCACCAAAGUCUCGUCGUAAAGCUCCAGCCUCCUCGCCUCGCUCCAGGAAAGGGGUGGCUCCGCCUACCAACAACGAGGAGGAGAGCGCAUCCAGCAGCGCCUCGGAGGAGGAAGACUCGAAGCCCAAAGCUCCGAAGAGGAAGAGGAAAGGCUCGUCAGCCGUCGGCUCUGACAGUGACUGAUGGACUGAUCCUCUGACCAAUCACAUGCCAGCUGCCACAGAGACCGCCAGCCAACCAGCCGCUCUGACCACUGGAAGAGGCCCCACCCCCUGCCGAUGACACACACUGACCGCCGCGGGAGGGGCGGGGCUCCGAGACGCCGCGGACUUUAAAUCCAUGUGGUGAACUGACUUUCACAUGAUGAGACUGAUGCUGUUUCCAUGGAGACGAGGACUGAUCAGGUCAAAGGUCACCGUGUGGCUUAACUCCCAUGAUGCACUGGGACGAGGAAACCAUGAACUCUGGGAACGAAACGACUGAUUUUAAUACAGGGAAGAUCAUGAUGAUAGAAAUAAUGAUGAAGAUGAGUGGGUUUUUUUGUGGGUACUCCUGCUUUUUUUUUUUUUUUUUCCCCAGAGGGGGGGGAUUUUGAACUCUUAUUGUGGAGGAUCCUAACUUCCUGCUGUUUUUAGCAGCUCCUUCCUGUUUGUCUUGCUGCAGUAAAAGCUCCUCGUCUGUUCUGAACAUCAUGUUGGAUGAAAUCUUCAUAUAAAAACUGAUGUUUGUUUCAGGUUGUCAUCUGUCUGUUGCUGGGGGGGGGGGUGUGUGUGUGUGUGUGUGUGUGUGCGUGCGUGCGUGCGUGCGUGCGUGCGUGUGUGUGUGUGUGUGAUGCUGCUCGUGGUUGCUGUGGCACCACAGUCAGUAAAGGACCACUUCACCCGUUUUUUACUGGUUUGGUUAAAAACAAACAUUCAGUUCCUCGGCAGUUCGUCUGCACUGUUUGACUCUUGGUGAAAUAGAAAUAAUUGAACUGGUAAAAUAUGCAGAUUUAAAGAAACACUGAGUUAAAUCCUCUUGUUUUGUGUCUUCUCCAGAGUCAGGUGAUUCAGAUGAUAUCAAUGUCAUUACUGCCACCAUCCCAUAAAAUACUGUAAUCGGUCAAUGGGUGAAAUCUGGGGCUUUGCACCUUUUAAAAUGGUCUUAUUUUUUCAGUUGAGCUACAAAAUCAGGUGUGGCUUUGUUGCCAGGUAAAAGUUCAGUUAAAUUAAGUGAUCUUUUUGAGUUUAUUUUAAUAAUAAAUGAACUGUGUGGAUUAAGUGGUUUAAGUUUUAUGGGUCAAAAAGACUUAAAAGUUUACAAUGAAAGUCACAUCUGAAUUUGAGCAUAAAUAUAUCUCAGUUAUUAAAAGUUACACCGUAAAUGUGACGGGUUGAACCCUGACUUAUUCCCUGUGGCUGAUGAAUUCCAGGGAAUGAAAUCUAUCUUAAUGGUUGUUUAAUGAAGUUUCUGCAGUUGUUUCUUCAGCAAUAAAAUUCAUUUAUAUCUGGUCAUUAAAUCACAGUCUGAAGCGGUCAGUGAACGACAUCAGUCUGGAUCUAAGACCGUGUCUUUUAUUGCAGUUGGGUUUGGAUUGGACGCAGAUUGGAGGAUUUUUCCAGUUAAACACAUUCCUGUUGUCUUGUGUCACAUCAACAUGUGUUAAAAAGUUGUUUAUCAUCAUGUUCUGUUCCUUCUUGGACACAAACAUUUACAUGUUUUAGUUUUGGGGGGGAAAUUGACCAACCACCUUAAAAGCCUUUUGUGAUUUUUUCCUUCUUUUUAAAUGACAAUUUGUUUUGUGAAAAGUGGUUGAACAGCAGCAGGUUCACAGUGAGGUCCUGGUCUGGAUGGUGCACAGGACUCUGGGGGACUGAUGUAUGAUCAGUCUGAUUGGAUCCACCUGCUGCUGCUGAUAUAAAUUAGAACAUCAGCGUCAGGCCUCCUUCAGACCAGGUGAGACUCAGACUCAGCAGCUUGUCCAAUGUCUCUGAACCAUCUGGAUUAGAAUUGUUCUGCUGCGACAGGAGCAGAUGUUCCCUGAGGUCUGAUGUAUCUGUUCUUCAGUGUGAGAACAUGUUGAUACUUGGCUUGUGGUUCAAUCAAAGUUCACGUUGCAGCAGACAGAACACGGCCCAGUCCAGGAUCUGAUCUGAUUUUGUAAAACGGUUCACAUCAGAAUUGUGUUCAGUGAAGAUCAACCUGCAGACCUCGACAGGCUAAAAAAACCUGAUCAGACUGAAACCUGAUCAUGUUCAGACUGGCUGGUUUUGUGACUCUGAUCCACUUGAGGGACAAACGUCUCCAGAUCUAAACCAAAAUUCUCUAAACCAACUUCUCU